UAAAAAAAGACUAAAAGCAAAAAAUACUCAAAAGUAUCAUCCAGGGGGGAUCUAUCGGACCUUACAAAAAAUUAUUUUACUGAAUUUUUUUAGGGUUAAUUUUCCAUAGAAUUUUUCUUUUAGGGUUUACUCAGGUCCCUUUGGUUAAUCAAUCAAUUUCUGGUUGGAAGGUGGUUUAUUGGGAACGGAAAGUGGUAUUUUUACUGUUAGCCCAUGGUCCACAAAACCAGUUUUUGCUGAGUGGUGGUGGUAUCAAUUUAGGGUUUUUAGAUCCACAAAAUUGAACGAACCAGAGUUUGUGGUUCUUGAUCUGUUAACAAAUUUUGUAUAGUUGCUCUGUUUUUCUUUAACGAAUUUCAUCUGGGUCGUGGGGGUUUCUUUUUGUCUAGAUACGUGUAGCAGCAGUUUUGGAUAGUUAAGGGGAAAAUUGUCACUUCAAUAAAGAAUAAUAAAAACUGUGCUCCACGACACGGCGACAUUUGAUGGAUGCGUUGACGUACUCGUUACUUCUGCGUGAUCCUAUCCAUUGAUGGGGGUUGAAUGCGAAGGAGUUUCUAUCAAAGAAGAGAAAGUUGAUCUGUCGGCUCCACCAGGUUUUGUCUCCCUUACAUCCUUCACCCUAAAGAAGAUGGAUGAGAGUGAAGUUUUGAUGAGUAACAUGGUCUCUGCGGGUACGAAUGAGAUGGACUGUGAUAGUGACAUGAGCGAAGGUCUGAGGCUUAAGAGAUCUCUUAGGCACAGACCAUGGAUAAACUACAGUAAAUUAGGUGAUAGUCCGGAUGAGGAAUCUACAGCUCGACAACCUCAUCAGCAUCUUCCUCCAAAGCCGUGCCUACCUAAAGGUGUUCUUCGUGGGUGUUUUGAGUGUACUAGUUGCCAAAAGGUCACGGCAAAGUGGCGUCCAGAAGCUGCACAAAGGCCCGUCCUUGAGGAUGCACCUGUUUUCUACCCCACCGAGGAGGAGUUUAAUGAUACACUUAAAUAUAUAGACAGCAUACGUCCGAAAGCAGAGCCAUAUGGAAUUUGCAGAAUAGUUCCUCCGUCUUCAUGGAGACCUCCCUGUCCUCUUAAAGAAAACAGUACAUGGGAAAAUUCUAAAUUUUUUACUCGUAUCCAACGGGUGGACAAACUUCAAAAUCGCAAUUCGAUGAGAAAAUUGCCUAAAAAUACUAAUAAUAGUAAGAGGAAAAAGAGAUGUUUAGGAAUAGGGAGAGUAAAUAGUAGUGCUGUUAGUGAAGAAGGAAUAGGAUCUAAUAUAUAUGCAUUUGCUAACGAGGCUGAGAGUUUUGGGUUUGAGCCUGGUCCAGAGUUUACCCUGGAAAGUUUCAGAAAGUAUGCAGAUGAUUUCAAGGGCCAGUAUUUCCGAAAGGAUGAGACUUGUAUGGAUCCAAAAGGUAAUCCAACUGUAAUCCAAAAGCACUGGGAACCUUCUGUGGAUAAUAUCGAGGGUGAGUAUUGGCGCAUGGUAGAGAAUCCAACUGAAGAGAUAGAGGUGCUGUAUGGAGCCGAUAUAGAAACUGGAGUUUUUGGCAGUGGGUUUCCAAAGUUAUCCUCUUCUUCAGGAUGUUGUACUUCCGAUGACAAAUAUGUGAAAUCUGGUUGGAACUUGAAUAACUUCCCCAGGCUUUCAGGAUCCGUGCUUUCUUUUGAAAGCAGUGACAUUUCGGGUGUGCUAGUGCCGUGGUUAUACAUAGGAAUGUGUUUUUCAUCAUUUUGUUGGCAUGUCGAGGAUCACCACUUGUACUCCAUGAAUUACAUGCAUUGGGGUGCUCCAAAAAUGUGGUACGGCGUCCCUGGGAAAGAUGCUUUAAAGUUGGAGGCAUCUAUGAGAAAGCAUUUGCCGGACUUGUUUGAGGAACAGCCUGACUUAUUACAUAAACUUGUAACACAGCUUUCACCUUCCAUAUUAAUGUCUGAAGGCGUGCCGGUCUACCGUUGUGUUCAGAAUCCCAGGGAGUUUAUUCUCACCUUCCCUCGAGCAUAUCAUUCUGGCUUCAAUUGCGGCUUCAACUGUGCUGAGGCUGUAAAUGUAGCUCCGGUUGAUUGGUUGCCUCAUGGGCAAAAUGCUGUAGAGCUUUAUCGUGAGCAGGGACGUAAGACAUCAAUUUCCCAUGAUAAGUUGUUACUAGGGGCAGCAAGGGAAGCUGUUAGGGCAAAUUGGGAAAUAUCAUUACUAAGGAAGAACACCAUAGAUAACACAAGAUGGAAAGAUGUCUGCGGAAAGGAGGGAAUCUUAGCAAAGGCAAUUAAGGCACGUGUUGACAUGGAGCAGAUUAGGAGGGAAUUCCUUUGUACGUCAUCACAGUCGGUGAAAAUGGACGUUAAUUUUGAUGCAACCUAUGAAAGGGAGUGCUUCAUAUGUCUCUAUGAUUUGCACUUUUCGGCUGUGAGCUGUCCAUGCACAGCUGAAAAGUUUGCGUGCCUGAAUCAUGCAAAACAGCUAUGCUCAUGUGCCUGGAGUGACAAGAUUUUCCUAUUUCGCUAUGAAAUAAGUGAACUGAAUGUUCUCGUUGAAGCUUUGCUAGGGAAAUUAAGUUCAGUUUACAGAUGGGCAAAACUAGAUCUUGGAUUGACUCUGAGCUCCUAUGCAGCCAAAGGCAAUUCUUGUCUACCUUGUUCCACUUCCAAACAGUUUCAUUCUUCGGAAGGAGGGUAUGGUACAGAGCAUGAGUUAACUUCAAAAGUUUCCACCCAAAUCACUGAAAUUCCUUCUAGAGAAACUCAAGAAAUCAGGGGAUCAAAAUUUGCUCCUGGAGCAUCUUCAAGUCUCUCAAUUUUUGAACCAUCUUAUUCCUCAGAUGUGAUUCAAAGAUCGUUGGGUGCAGAAGCUUCCACCAGCCAACCUCAUUCGAAUAGGCUUCAAGAGGAAAGUCAAUGGUCACCUAUAAGGGAACAGAAAGCAACAUAUUCUGACCGCAGUAUUCAGGGCAGGGUGGGCGGCGCCCCUGUUUCAGGUUUCAACUCUUUAAGCGACCUAACAUGUCAGCUCUCUCGAGAAGAUACGUCGUAUAUAGAAAUUCCAAGAGGUAGUUUAUGUCUGUCAUCUUCUCCUGGGUGCACUAGUUCUUCUCAUGGUGAUCCUCCUUCAAGCAUUUCAUCUGCAAGAGAUCCCAAAACAACAAAGUCUUUGCCGGAUGGAGAUACUAAUGUCAUACUUCUCAGUGAUGACGAGGGAGAGGAUCAAACAAAUAGGUUGUUCUCUCAUAGUAAGGUGAGUUCAUGUAACUCUAAGAAAGACCAAGUCUUGAAUACACCAGAAACUGAUGCAUCUGUGAUGAGUGAAGGGGAUAUAAAUUUGAUGCAAGAUCAGGAAAAUAAGGAUCAUCUGUUUAAACCUGUGCAUUUAGUAAAGACAGAAUGUCAGGAGGAAGACAAAAAAUACAUGGAGUACAAUUUUAUGGGACCAAGUGAUGUCAGGGGGGGAUUUUCUUCGGAAAACAUCUGCAAUGUAGGAUAUUCAGGCACAAAUUUUGACAAAAGUACCCAGAAUCUCUUACCUAAAAGAGAAAAAGUGGUCUUUGGAUCCAAUUCGCAUGUAGUAUCAGAGAAGGCAAGUCUUGAAGUGGGGACCACCCCGUCUGGCAUUUCAAACAACCUAGACAGGUACUACCGUCAGAAGGGUCCUCGAAUUGCCAAGGUGGUAAGAAGGAUAAAUUGCAACGCAGAGCUUUUGGAGAUUGGCAUUGUGCAAUCUGGAAACUUGUGGUCGAGCAGCAAGGCAAUAUACCCCAAAGGAUUUAAGAGUCGGGUCAGUUACUUUAAUGUGCUUGAUCCAACAAAAAUGUGUCACUACGUCUCCGAAAUCGUGGAUGCAGGACCAUCUGGGCCUCUUUUUAUGGUUACGGUAGAGCAAUCUCGGAAUGAGGUAUUCAUACACCUGUCACCAGUCAAAUGCUGGGAUAUGGUCAGAGAGAGAGUGAAUCUAGAAAUAAGGAAGCUGCAUGCGUUGGGACGAUCGAAGCUCCCUUUGCAGCCUCCAGGGAGUCUUGACGGCCACGAAAUGUUUGGACUCUGUUCCCCAGCAAUCAUUCAGGGUAUAGAGGCAAAUGAUGCUUACAAGAUCUGCACAGAAUAUUGGAAACCCAGAGCACAAACUCGCCAAAAUCCCACAACUGCCGGGAGCUUUCCUAACAACUUAAGAAUCAAGGAAGAAAGCAGUAACUCAAACACAGAUUCUAACAACUCAAGAAUCAAGGAAGAACGCAGUAAUACAGACACCAUGAUACUUAAAGGUCUGUUUAAAAGGGCGAACCCAGAAGAAUUACACACACUGUACAGUAUAUUAUGUCAAGACAAUAACAGAUCAACUAGCAAUCGAGGAUUAAUAACUCAACUUCUUAACGACGAGAUUCAUACCCGGCAAAGAUAACAACUGAUAACUCAUUUUUUAGCUUCUUAUAGCAGUUUUGGUUUUUGUUGAUUUUCUAUUAAACCAUGACUGUAGAAUGCAACUCUGAGUUAUAUCAUCACAUGUAUUUUGUUGGCCAUGUUUUCAUAUUCUUCUUAGGGAGAAUUUGAUAACACCUAGAAAAUGCUGUGGAAUCCCUUGAUGAUAUUCACUUUGUGGAUACUCUGCAACUAUUUUUUUCUUCACUGUUUAUACAACUGGCCUUAUUGUGGUUCACUCACUGUCCACAAGGAAAUUUUGCA